CUGAAUACAGGGGAAGAAAAAAGGUACAACCACCGAACUGUAUUAUACUCUGCGUAUAAAAUUGGCGCUGAUCUCUUCUUUAGAAGAUCACAAGGUUAAGCUUCCAUACAGAAAAUAUGAUUGUUAGAUUAGAGCCUUAUUGUAAAAUAAAAUACGUAUACAGUACUACUAUGUUACAUGAGAAUCUGUCUCCGCGCUCUCUGGUAACAUGCUUUAAAUAUCGUUCAAGUCAUUCAGGUUUACUGAUCUUGUUUUCUACUAUCCAUAACUUUAUUCCUUACAAAUUGGAAGGUUAAAUAAAGCACCAUCAUCUUUGUUUAUAAAAGACUUUUCUUUUCUUCUCCCAACCCUCCCAUUCCUUAGAUCUCUUCAAAUAAUAUAAUCACCUUGCUAAAAUGUAUUACAAAGUCUCUGCAGUAGCAAUUGCACUUCUUCAAAUAACCCAACUCGCUCAAGCGACUACCACUACUACCAACAGCACCAGCACCGGCACUAGCAGCAACGCCACGACAACGGCAAAAACACUAUCGAAGCCUCAAGAUUAUUGGAAGACCUUUGACUCUAAAGUGGAUCCUCUCAAUAUCGUCAUUCCUGACAUCCCUCAAACUACUUCCUACGAUGUCAAUACAGAAUGUACUUAUUAUCAACCUCCUUCUAACUUUGUAUACAAUGAAAAGGAAUGGCCAACCAUGUGGGAAAUUGCCACUUCUAACGGUAUGAAUACGAGUGCUGAAUUCUUGGCUCUUUACAACUCCAUCGAUUGGAAAAGCGCGCCCAACAUUCCCGUCCGUAAAAUGAAUGCAGACGGCUCUGUUAAUAUGGAGGGUUAUGAUCAAAACGGCGAUCCCGAUUGUUGGUGGUCUGCCUCUACUUGUACCAAGCCCAAGCUUCCAGAUGUCAAUGAAGAUAUCUACGCUUGUCCUGAGCCUGAGACCUGGGGUCUUACUUUUGAUGACGGCCCUAAUUGUUCUCAUAACGCCUUCUAUGACUAUCUUGAACAACAAAAAUUGAAGGCCACCAUGUUCUACAUCGGUUCCAACGUUAUCAAUUGGCCCUAUGGUGCUCAAAGAGGUCAAAAGGCGGGACACCAUCUUGCUGACCAUACUUGGUCGCAUCAAUUGAUGACUACCUUGACUAAUCAAGAAGUCUUGGCGGAACUCUACUAUACUCAAAAGGCUAUCAAGAUGGUUACUGGUGUUACCCCUAUCCAUUGGCGUCCCGCUUUUGGUGAUGUUGAUGACCGUGUCCGUUGGAUCGCUACACAACUCAACCUUACAACUGUUCUUUGGAACCUUGAUACUGACGAUUGGGCUGCUGGUAGUACCAAGACCGUUGAUGCAGUCAAGGCCACUUAUAACGACUUUGUUCAAAUGGGCAGCAAUGGCACUUUCGCUAAUAGCGGCCAAAUUGUUUUAACCCACGAAAUUGAUAAUACUACCAUGGAUCUUGCUAUGGAAUACAUUCCCAAGAUUCAAGCUGCUUACAAGAAUAUCCUUGAUGUUGCUACUUGUAUGAAUAUUACUCAUCCUUACCAAGAAACCACCAUUUCUUUCCCUUCUUUCAGUGCUAACAGCGCUGUCGCGGCCACUGACUCGUCUGCUACUAACUCGUCUGCUACUAACUCGUCUACCACUAGUCCUUCUUCUUCAGGUAAAUCUGAUAGCAAGGCGUCUUCCGGAUCCAGCACUGCCGUUGCCACUGCCGCUGGUACUUCCGCUGGUAUCCAAUUGACCCCUAAUACUAUCCUCAUGACCGUCUUUGCUAUUGCCGCCUACAUCUUUUAAGUUAUUGACAUUUUCCCGAAACUCCCCAAAAAUACG